AUGGCACACCUCACUCCAGCAUCGAUCUUGGCCUCAAUGAACAAUGGGACGGACAUGCUUAACUACCAGAGUCACGAUGGCAUGAGUCCGUUCGAAGAUUCAGAUUCAGAGUCGAAUCACUCCGGCUCGAGCUCGUCCUCGCUCUCGCUUAACAGCUUGGACGGGUCCGCAGGGCCUGCGAUGCACAAUGGCCAGCCGAUCACCUACCAUUACUUCUGCAACUUCCCGACCUGCGAUUACCAUAGCGCUCGAUCUGAUCCUGUCAAGCGGCACCGCGACACGCACUAUCCGGACUACAAGCCAUACAUUUGCAACUACUGCCAAGCGAGCUCUGCACGCCGCGACUCGACCCGAGAGCACUGUCAGAAGCAGCACAAUGAUGGCACCGAGGAUGCGUUCCGUCUCGAUACCACCGUUCCUAAACCCGAGGGCUGGAUCGCGUACGAGCCCAAGCGUGCGCCCUGGCCACCAGUUAUGGUAUCAGACGCAUCCCCUUCCAUUCAUUUGGGCUAUUAG